GUCGAAAAAUUACAACGUUUGCAAAACGCGGUAAGCUUUUGUUGUGUCGUUCGUAAAUGCAGUGAUAUUGGUUUUAAACAAUGCGAGAACCAUACGGAUAGACAAUACCCGAAUUUGAAACUAUCAGCAAUAUAAACUGAGGUCUAAUCAAUAAAAAUGUAUAAUGGUAUUGGAUUGCAAACUCCCAGAGGCUCUGGCACGAACGGACACGUCCAGAGAAACUGGGCGAUCGUUCGCAAAACUAAGGACAAAGUUUCUUAUAAAAAUCAAGAAGGAAAGGUCGAUUCUGCCAGCAAACAACCCAAUAAAGAGAUCCUUGACCACGAUCGAAAGCGAAAGGUCGAAAUAAAGUGCACAGAACUGUCCGACAUAUUAGAAGAAAAGGGGUACAGCCCCGAGGAGAUAGAAAAGAAAAUAGAGGAGUAUCGUUCUCAACUUAUCGGGGGAGAAGAAAAAGCUUUGGUACCUACAGACGAAUUUGGUCGAGUAAUUGUGAAAGAGACCCACCAAAUUGCUGAGGCUCAGCAAGAAAAGAACGCAAAGAUGCGUGAGGCUUUCGGAAUUUCAGAAUAUUUUAUCGAAGGAAGCAGUUUAGAUCCGGAACGUCAUGCUCGAGAAGCAGAAGCCAAGGCGGCCGCCAGUAAAGUCUACAAGCUGAUUCGAACACCCAGUCCUGUUCCCGAAUCGACUGGAGCUGCCGAAAAAAAGGAAAAGCGAAAACGGUCAGGUAGCACUUCAAAAAAGAAGAAGAAGAAGAACAAAAAAGAAAGGUCUGAAUCGCCAAAGCCCAGUAAAAAGAAGGAAAAGUCGAAGAAAAAGAAGAAGGAAAAGAAGCACAAGAAGGCUGAGACUAGUUCUUCCGAGAGUGAGUCGAGUGAGGAGAGCGACGACAGCAGUUCUUCGGAGCCAGAAUCUAAGAAAAAGAAACGCAAGAAGAAGAAGAAGUCAAAAACUGAAUCAAAGGACAAACACGAGAAAAAGAAGGCUGCUACCAAAAGGAAACGCCAGUCUUCUGAAAGUUCCUCUGACAGUUCACCAGAGAGACCGAAAAAGUCAUCGAAGCACGAAAAAGAUCCUGAGAAGUCCGAUGAUCUCGAAAAGCCUCAGCGUUUAAACAAAUCACCAAAGAAGCAAGAUAAAGAUAAACAUCGCAAUGACACUCCGCCGCCCAGAAAGAAGGAAUCUCCUCUGAAGAAAAUUGCAAACGAGAGAAAAGAACGAUCUCCAGUUGUUGAAAAAGCCCAGAAAAGUCCAAGACGCGAAAGGUCGCUUUCGAGAAGCCGCAACGAUCGAGGGAGAUCUCCAAGGAGGUUUUCGAGACCCAGAAGACUCUCUCCUUCUCCCAGAAGAAGAAGAGGUUCCCGAUCACCUAGACGACACAACAGAUAUUCUCAUUCUCGAAGCCGAAGCCAUUCAAGGAUUGAUCGCUAUGGUUCCAGGCGAAGACCUUCUCCCCCUAGACGUCGCAGAUCCAGGUCCGUUUCUCGCAGGAGAUCCGGAUCAAGAAGAAGGUCCGCUUCCAGAAGACGAUCGAAUUCUCGAAGAAGGUCUGAUUCCAGAAGAAGAUCAGGGUCUCGAAAAAGGUCAGGAUCGAGAAAGAGGUCGGGAUCUCGAAGAAAAUCAGACUCUCGUCGGAGGUCCGGUUCCCGGAGAAGGUCAGCUUCCCGAAGAAGAUCAGGCUCCCGUCGAAGGUCGAACUCUCGGAAAAUAUCAGUCGUCCGCAGAAGAUCGAAUUCCCGUAGAAGAUCGAAUUCUCGUAGAAGAUCGAAUUCUCGUAGAAGAUCGAAUUCUCGCAGAAGAUCGAAUUCUCGCAGAAGAUCAAAUUCUCGCAGAAGAUCGAAUUCUCGUAGAAGGUCGAAUUCUCGUAGAAGGUCGAAUUCUCGUAGAAGGUCCAGGUCUCCAUUCAGAAAUAAGAGCAGACGCGACAGAUCGCGAGACCGUCGUAGGUCUCGCAGCAGAUCUCGAAGAUCCACCCUGAGUUACUCUCCAGUCAGAAAGAACCCCGAGCGCUAUAUGGAUAUUCUUCAGGACGAAAAGAAGAAGUCAAAGAAACCGCCUCUUCUGCCCGAGAAGAAACAAAGAUCUCGAUCGAAAUCUAAAAGCCAAAAGAUACAGAUUGCUCCUAGAGUGAGUCUGCGAUCUUCAAGCGAAGACGAAGGCGAAAUCAUCGAUGAUGAUCCGAAGCCUGAAGACGAGGAGAGAUUACGCGAAAUUAAUACUUUGAAGCGUCUUCAGUCCGGCCUGGCCGCGAAGGCAAGAGAAUCUCUUGGUAAAAAGGCCAUUAGUCCUGUGAAAGUUAAAAUUGAAAUAGAGAAUGAUAUUUUGGACAUUGCGCUCCCGAAGGAUGAUCCUCUGAAAACUGUCCAGGUCCUGCCGGCAAUGAUGCCCGAGAAAUUACCGGUGCAACUUCCUAAAGUGCAAACUCCAUUUUCAAGCCGGUCACCUUCGCCCGCAUUGCCUUUAACGAGAAACGAAGCAAUUAUUAAAAUCAGAUCUCCAAGCGAAUCUCCGCCGCCUUUGCCGCCCAAUGAUUUUAAUAAAGUAGUGGGCGAACUUCGAGCGGACAGAUCGCGAUCUUCGAGUGCUUCAAAUCACAAUUCGCCGCUGUGGGCAAAGAAACAUUUGGUUGGUACUUACUCGAAGUCGCCGUCGAAAAUUCGAUCAUUGACCGAAUCACCGCCUCCAAUUCUAGUAGCAAAUAAAAUUAUGCAGAGAGUCUUUUCGCCGUGCAAUUCGAAGAAGAGUUCGCCGGGAUCGAGGAAGCACUCGCCGCGAAAUAAAAGUUAUUCGAGAUCUCCAUCUAGGUCUUAUACGAGGUCUCUGUCGAAAGAGAAGAGAAACUCGAGAUCGCCGAAGAAUCGAUCGAGAUCUGGUUCGAGGGACAAAAGAACGAGAUCAAGAUCGAAGGAUAGAAAUUCUAGGUCGAGAUCUCAUUCGAGGUCGAAGGAAUCGCCGAAGUCUACGAAGCGGAAGUCAAGAUCGUCUUCUCGAUCGAAGUCUCGAUCGCUAUCGAGAUCGAAGAAUUUACCGUCGAGGUCACCUGCGAAAUCUAGGAGUAGGAGCAGAUCUUUGUCGAAAAAGUCAAGGAGUCGUUCACCAUCGAAGAAGUCGAGGAGUCGAUCACCUUCGAAGAAGUCGAGGAGUCGCUCGAGGUCGGCGUCUAUGAGUUCUCGAUCUUCCGUCAGUACAAGAAGAAGUCGCAGGAGUUUUUCAAGUUCAUCGCGAUCUUCGAGCAGCUCGAGUCGAUCUUCUCGCUCCAGCUCAAGUAGUUCUGGAUCCAGCAGAUCACGAUCUCCCUCGAUACCUCGUCGCCACGGGUCUCCCAGUUUUCUCGACCGACGCCGUAUCACCAGGGACAGAUCGAGGGACAGGCAUAGAAGAUAGUGUUAUGGCUUCACACAGAUAUUCGCUUUCCUAUAAUCCUGUAGAAAUAAAAGUACAAUAUUUUAUCUAUUAAGGUUCGUUGACGCGGCAAUUCACUUUGAAUAAUUAUUGACAUACAAAUGAUCAUUAGCGAUUGUGAAAUGUAAUUUUUUUUCAUUGAGCAGAGAAACAACAAAGCAAUAAUUUAGGGUCUGAAGUUAAAAGAAUUUUCUAAAAUAGAGAGUGACGUUUUUCGUAGCAUUUUAGUUGUCACUACUAUCUCGAUAAACAUUAUCUAGAUGUAGCAUGCGUUGUAUCUCCCCAAGUUAUUGUACAUUAUAUUACUACUUCGCAGUAGUCAUUCUCUUUUAUUUUAUGUCAAUCACAAAUAAAAGAUGCGUUCUACAGUAAA